AUGAGCUGCAGUUCCUGGGCGGACCCCACGCACAGCUGGGCUUGCUGCGCCUGGGUCCGCCUUCCCAGCCAGUCCGGCCGGCAGCCUCGCAAAUUCGGGGCUGCCGAGUUGACAGCAGCGAGGCAGGAGAGCACGGGAGGAUGAACGGGUCAACACCGUGAAGCUGGGCUCCUGGUCGCUGGUGGAAUCCAGAAAAUGGGUUGCUGGAGGAGACCGGGUCUGCUUUCCUUGCUGCUGCUGUCCUUCUCCUGGUGCGCCGGUGCCCGCCGCAGCCUGAAGACCAACCUGUGCAAGUGGUGCGACUCCACGCCGCCGGCCUGCGAACAGGAGGUGUGCUACAGCAACUGCAACCUCAACUCCUACUGCGAGGACCCCUAUGAGAUCUGCGUGGCCAUAUGGAGACAGGACAACGACAGCAUCAGGAUCAGCACGCUCUGCCACAACCCACAUCGUCCCAUAGAAAACCUCAUGGUCCCGAACUACAACACCUCACGCUGCAUCAUGACCCACCAGCCCAGUGAGGAGGGGAUCAUCUACAUCUGUGGCUGCGUGGAUGAGCAGGAGUGCAAUGACAAGCUUAUCUUUGAAAACCAUACCAACGAUGGGAUUUGUGUGCAGCCUCCAUUACCGCCCCGCGAACGGCUGCGCCUUAUUAACCGCUCCACAUAUUUUCCUCCUACCCGCGAUCAAAACAAGAUGUCGCCGGCCCCUCACGGCACCGCCUUCCUCUCUGCUUCCCUCCCUGCAGGCUACUCCAUGCUGCAGAGCAAGGAGGUCAUCCCGGUGGCUGCCAUCAGCCUCCUGCCGCCGCUGCUGGUGGCGGUGAUGAUCACCGUCAUCUUCUACCUCUGCCGCACACAGAAGCGCCGCAAGAGAGCCAAGGCAUGGGGUGGGAAGCAGGGGCAGCCCCCGGCACUGCCGGAGCCGGGCAGGGCGGCGGAGCGGGACGAGAAGCUGUCCGUGAUGAUGGACGACGGCCCUGCCAGCUUGAGCCCAACCUGCGCCAACAGCCUGAACCACAACACCGAGCUGCUGCCCAUUGAGCUGGACGAGAUGGUGGGCAAAGGGCAGUUCGCUGAGGUGUGGAGGGCCAAGCUGAACCACAGCAGCUCGGGGCAGUACGAGACAGUGGCGGUGAAGAUCUUCCCCUGCGAGGAGUACUCCUCCUGGAAGAACGAGAGCCAGAUCUUCACAGACGCCAGCCUCAAGCACGACAGCGUCCUGCAGUUCCUCACAGCCGAGGACCGGGGCUCAGGGCCCCGCAGGGAGUACUGGCUCAUCACAGCCUACCACAGCCGGGGCAACCUCAAGGACUACCUGUCCAGUCACGUCCUGAGCUGGAUGGACCUGCAAAAAAUGGCAGGGUCACUGGUGAACGGGGUGGCCCACCUCCACAGCGACUACACCGCCUGCGGCCGGCCGAAAAUCCCCAUCGCCCACCGGGACAUCAAAAGCACCAACGUCCUCGUGAAGAACGAGCAGGAGUGCGUGCUCUGCGAUUUCGGCAUCGCCAUACGCCUCGACCCUUCCCUGACGGUAGAUGACUUUGCCAACAGUGGGCAGGUGGGCACCGCCAGGUACAUGGCUCCUGAGGUCCUGGAGUCCAGGGUAAACCUGGAAGAUCUGGAGUCUUUCAAGCAGAUGGACGUCUACUCCAUGGCCCUCGUUCUGUGGGAGAUGGCCUCCAGAUGUGAAGUGGUGGGAGAGGUAAAGAAUUACGAGCUGCCUUUUGGGUCAAAAGUCCAGGAGCAACCCUGUGUGGACACCAUGAGAGACAUCGUGCUGCAUGGCAGAGGGCGGCCUGAGAUCCCUAGCAGCUGGCUGGUACAUCAGGGAAUGCGUUUUCUGUGCGACACCAUCACCGAGUGCUGGGACCACGACCCCGAGGCUCGCCUCACCGCCCACUGCGUGGCCGAGCGCUUCAACCUGAUGGCGCAAAUGGAUUGCGACGACAUCCUCAACAACAACACGGACAACGAGGCCGACAAAACGGCCUCCUCCGGUGGGGAGCACCAGGACAGCGACGGGAGCAGAAACGUGCAGUGACACAGCAGGCAAAAAGCCUCAUCGCGAGAAACAGGAGGAUAUGCCAGGAGCGUUUAGCUCACGGGGAAAAAGCCUCCCUUCGUUUUUCCAAAUGGAACUAAGAUCUAGUACAUAACUUAUUU